UGUAAUUUCUUUUCCCUCCCCCCCUGCCUUUCACCCCCCUCCCAAUCCUCCAGGCAGGAAGAUGAACUUUGGAAACUCUGACUUGCUAGACGUGUGGCUAGAUCCCCUAGAAGAUGUCUUCUCAGCAGGAUCCUGCCUGGAGCUGGGACCUCAUUGUCUGCCUCCAGAGCUCCCAGGGACUAGGCUCCCUGAACAGGGCCUGCAAGGCUGGGAGGCCACCGGAGGCCUUGGCUGCGGUCUUCAAGAGAGUGAGCCUGAAGACUCCCUGAAGCUUUUCAUCAAUCCCAACGAAGUGUACUGCUCAGAUGCAUCUCCUGGCAGUGACAGUGGCGUCUCUGAGGACCCGGGCCGUCCAGACAGUCCCCCUGCCCCCAAGGCCUCCAGUUCCCCUGCCCUCUAUGAGGUUGUCUAUGAGGCAGGAGCCCUGCAGAACACGCAGGGGGAAGCUGGGCCAACUGUAGGACUCAUUUCCAUCCGUCUAGACCAGUGGAGCCCACCAUUUAUGAUGCCUGAGGCCUGCACGGCCAGUGAGCUGCCAUUUGAUGCCUAUGCCCGCAUCCUGCCCAGCGCAGGCACCAUAGUCUCAGUGCCUCCUGCCACCCUGCUCCCAUGUCAAACACUGUUUCUGACGGAGGAAGAGAAGUAUCUGCUGGGCCAGGAAGGGGUCUCCCUGCCCUCUCACCUGCCCCUCACCAAGGUAACGUGUUCCCUGGCACAGGGAGCCCAAGUCAAGGCUCCCCCAUGGUUGCCUAGGAACCAGGAUUCCAGAGCAUGGGUGGGGGGCUGGGGAGGUCAAGGAUCCAGGACUGACACACCGCGGGCACGGGUGGACCCUCAGGCUGAGGAGAGAGUCCUCAAGAAGGUCAGAAGGAAAAUCCGUAACAAGCAGUCGGCGCAGGAGAGCAGGCGGAGGAAGAAAGAGUACAUCGAUGGACUGGAGGGCAGGGUGGCUACCUGUUCUGCACAGAACCAGGAGCUGCAAAAAAAAGUGCAGGAGCUGGAGAGACACAACAUCUCCCUGGUGGCUCAGCUACGCCAGCUGCAGGCGCUCAUCACACAAACCUCCAACAAAGCCGCCCAGACCAGCACUUGUGUUCUGAUCCUUCUUUUCUCGCUGACUCUCAUCAUCCUGCCCAGCCUUAGUCCCUUUCGGAGUCCACCAGAAGACGGGCCCAAGGGUUACCAACCUGGCAGAGUGACUUCCAGAAACAUCCUCACCCACACGGGCAUGCCAGGGAAUCCCGAGGCCUUAUUGGGGGAGUCCAGCCCAGGGGGGCCACCUGGGACCCAGGAUGCAAAUGACUCCACCAGGACAACGUUUGAGAGGCAGGGAGAAAAGCCCAGGCCCGGCCGGCUCCUCCGAACGGUGCUGCAUGCAGAUGAGAUGUGAGCUGGGACAGCGGCCACCCUCCUGUCUGGCCUACACCCCAAGCACGAUGAGGGUGCCAGGGCUCUCCCAUGGCUUGCCAACACCUGGAUGUCCACUCGGUCUUUGUUCUCAGGGCUCCAAAUCACGUGGCACUGCCUUGGGGUGGGCACCUCGAAUACUCCAUGGGUCUUCGCCUUUAUUUCUUUUGGGGGGAGAGGGUUGAGGGAACACAGAAACGUUGUUUGGCUGAGAAUUAAACAUUCUAUUUGAAAUGGUA